GCUGCAGCAACAGAAAAUGUCGUCAAUAUUCGUGCCCCUAAGAACGCUCCAAUGGGAGUCUCAAAGCCAGUAGCCCAUGACUUCGCGUCUAUAUCUCUCCCAAUUCACUUUUUCGCAGACUAUGCCGGAAAUAAGUCCCAUCCGAACUUGUUUUCGCGGGACAUUAUCAAUCUUCUUUAUCAGACAACAGGCGCGCAUCCACACAUCCGCGUGGGAGGCACCUCGGCAGAUCGCGCAAUAUAUAACUCCUCGCAGUCGCAAUCGAUCAUACUCUCCGAGGAAUAUAACAAUGGUAUUCCUCUCGAAGUAUUUCUGGGUCCAGUCUUCUUUGAAGGAUUUGAGAAUUUUCCCGGUACCCCUUGGACAUUUCAGGUCAACCUCGCAAAUAACAAGAGCAAUGCCUUAGAAAACGCCCUUGCGGAGGCCGAGGUUGCGUUGAAGCAUAUCAAAGAAAAUUUAGUUGCUUUUGAAGUUGGGAAUGAGCCCGAUCUUUACGCUGGCGAGGUCCGACCACUGAAAUAUUCAGAGGCAGAAUAUGUACAAGAAUGGGAAAGAUUUGCCGAUGCAAUCUCGAAGAGAGUAUUGCGUGGAAAUCCGUACGGCUUGGAUGACUGGAAGCUUUUCCAGGCUUUGACCUUUGCUACGAAGGAUGAUGGCUGGUCGACGGCCAAGGCUUAUAGCGAAGGGAUAUAUACAACGGGUCACAUCAAAACAAUUUCAUUGCACCAAUAUGCUGCGGGUAACCAGCCAUGGGUCAGACUCCAAAACUCGUUCAUGAACCACACAGCUAUAAUGGGAAACUUGACCCAAUAUGUUUCGGACAUGAAGGUUGUGCACACUCAGUGUCCUAGUAUCCCAUUUCUUCUGGGAGAAACCAAUAGCGACUAUGUGAACCUGAACAUGGCCCAGGUUGAAGGGGUGUUUGGUAGCUCGCUUUGGCUGGUAGACUACCUGCUCUACGGAAUGACUCUUAAUAUUUCUCGUUUCAACUUGAUCCAGGGAACGACAUUCGGCUAUGCUGGUUGGGUUCCAGUGGAGUAUAACGGCCAGGAGCCUCAUGUGCGGCCUCCCCUCUACGGACAACUGGUCGCUGCAGACGUGAUUGGUCGCAACCCCACAGUUAAGAUCAAAUCACUUGAUCUGGGACUCUGGAAUCUAUCUGCCUACGCCUUAUAUGAAUCGGAGAUUCUGUCCAAAUAUGUUGUCAUUAAUCUGGACGAGUGGAACACCACGACGACCUAUCCUCGGCCUGCUCAAAAAAUUUCCAUUAGUGUUCCUGAUGAUAUAUCCUCCGCGGAAGCUAGACGCUUGGUUGGCCCCGGUGCUAAUUCCGUUGAUGAUAUUUCUUGGGCCGGAUUCAGUUGGAAUUAUACGAAUGGCCGACUUGGGCGGUUUGGAGUUCGACACAGCGAGAUGCUUGAUGUCAAUAACGGAGUACUUACCGUCUCAUUACCUUCUUCUCAGGCAAUUGUUGUUGAGCUCAAAUAUAGGAAGUGA